GUAUUAUGAAAGUACAUGUAACUGUACAUUUUUCUUCUUCCCAAUAGUGUUUUCGUACUCAUUCGAUAGAAUUUGACCUUUUCUGGUCUAUGUCUUUUUACAGAAGUUUCAGUCGGUUUAUGCCUGUGAAGUACUGGAGUAAAUUGUGCUAAAUGAGAAGAUUAGAAGCGAUCUCGCGCUCAGAUCAGCCGAGUAAUUUUGGAUUCGCUUAAUCGCAUUGAUAAUAUUGAUGCCCAUAUUCGCAGGCGUUUCUUCGGACGUCUUUCUGCGACGACCUGUUUUUACAUUCUCGUACAGAUCCCUACCUACUUGUGGGGAUCCGUGCGCCCAACUUCAAUGCCGUUCAAUGCUUCCAGGUUCUUUCAGUUCUGUAGUUAUGUCCCACAUAUUCGUAGAAGGUAAUGUGUAGGGUGUGUGGGUGGGGUUCAUGGUGAAUGUUAGUUGUAAUUUUAUGCAUGGUCGUCAAAGAUGUUGUCACCACUGUAAUUUGUUGGAAAACGAUCAAUGCAGGCUGAGGUAGAAGCUUCGAGUCCAUAAUGGGCAGGACAAGUGAUGAGGAAGGUGAAACAUCAGCAAAAACGUGCAGGUCAGAUGAUUCAAGUGAGAGACCUCUCAAGAAAGCCCGGUAUGUAUGGCAGAUAAAGGGAAAAUACCACUUGAAGAAACCAGAGAAUGCAGAAGGAGCCAAACUCUACAUUGCUGAUGAAACAAGGACUGGAUACACACUUCAUCCUAUAGAAGUGGCACACCAUGAAACUAUAACACAGGAACAUGAUGGACACACUUUAGAUAUAGCAAAUAGUGAAGUCUCAAAACCAGAUUUUGCACAUGUGCUUUCUCCAGUCACAUCAAAGAUUCAAUCACCUAUGGAAUCUGAGGAGCUGAAUCCAAGACAGCUGCAGAAGUGGCAGGCUAGGCAGGUAGCAAGAUGUUUUGUUGAUAACACCAUCAACCGAGUUCUUGAAGAUAUGGGCUUCAUUCCAUUACCUGUUGAUGCUGAUGAUCUGAUGGAAGACUUCACAAUGUCUGGGCUUCGCAGAAAUGAGGAACACUUAGAAGAUGCAGCAGUGAGGAUGGCAAUUCAUAGUCAUGGACUUCAAAGGGCAGUGGCUGACAUGGGGGGGGGUAACCAGAAUCUUAACACUUGUGCUGUUGUGGACCCUGCUAUAUAUGACUUCUCAAUUGAUGCUGUGGGUUUGCAGAAUGGCUUCACUGAUGAUCCUAUGGACCAUAUGAAUAGAUGGUAUGUGCCAGAAUUUUGUAACCAAAAUUCUCUCCAGUCACCAGACAUAAAAAAUGUAUAUAAUGAUGAACUUGUACAUGAAGGGUUUUCUGUUGCAAGUCAGCCCAGUGUUAGUCUGAAGUGCACAAGCAAUGAACAGUUCAGUAACAGUGGUGAUAUGAACAAGACUUCCGAUAAUUUAGGAAAGGAAAUAGGACCAGAACAUGCUGAUGUGGAAACAACAGGAAUUUCAGAAGAACCACUGUUGGCAAGUGGCAUGAAUUUGGAUAAUGAAGCUGGGGAGAGAAGCUGUGCUUCAUUUGAGCAUACAGACUUCCUGGACAAGGCUGUUGCAGUUGCCAUUCAAAAGAAGGGAUUGAGCACCCUGAGUGGUGUUGAAUAUGGCUGAAAAAAUCCAGAGAAACAACAUAGCCCAUAGUGCAGUUGUGGAUUGCGAUAGAAUGGAUUCAGUGUUUAAUUUGUAUUUCAAGUCACAUGCUAGUAGUGAUGAAUGUCCAGUUGACAUGAAAUAGAACAGCGUAGUUUUUGAA